AGGCAUCUAAGAUAUCCCUACCAUGGGACACACGGUAAGUGCGUGACCAAAGCAAUGGUUUUAUCUCCCUUGGUAUAUUCUUCCUUUUUCGUUUCGUCUAUCUUUCAUCACACGAAGUUUUUAGUUUGUACAAUCGUAUCUCUUACUCAAGAAAACGGAGCUGGAGAUCGAUUUUAAGGCGGCCAUUUUGUUUUGAAAACAGCGCUUACAGCAGAACCAGCUACAUUGUGAAUGUUUGUGUUUUAAAGCUACGUGAAACAUGGUUUAGUUUAUGAAAUAAAAGCAUACCAUAAGGAUUAUGUCGAAGUUUCAGUAUGUAUUUGGACUUGCCCUCCUUCUCAGCCUUGGAUUGAUUCGUAAUGUAAACGGGGAUUGCACAAACAGCGAUGGAUCGACGUGCUCAGGAACAGAUUGUUGUUAUGACGGUACCAAUGGCUUAUCACCGGUCCUGGGUUCUGGAGGUGGCAUAACCCCAGUACAAGAAUGCUAUACCACCGGCGCCGGAAAUGGAGUGACCUAUACCUGUACUGGUGAUCUGAGGGGACCUCCUUUCAACGAUUGCUACGAUGGGACAUGGCAAUUUCCGUUCGCACCGACAUGCGAAGGUGUGACUUCAUGCACCCAACCUACGGUACCAACAGACGGCAGUAUCGAUCCCGAUACUGCUGAAUAUGACUUAUAUUCCCGAAUCACAUACGCCUGCAACGACGGGUAUACGUUGGGAGGCCCAUCUGAAGCGGUCUGCGAAUCGGGUGGAGUCUGGAAUCCAGCCACUGUACCCACCUGCGAAGUCAACUGUGCCAAACCCACUUUGGAUAAUGGAGGCGUCAUUCCAGAUCAAGAUUCUUUCAGUAACGGCGAGGUUCUCAUCUAUGAAUGUAACACGAACUAUACCUUGGUCGGGGUAUCAACAACAGCAUGCCGCAGUGGAGUCUAUGAUCCCCCAAGCAAACCAACCUGCUUUAGUAUGUGUAGUCCGCCUGUCGUGGACAACUCCGAUUACGCUAUGCAACUACCUCCGGUCGACCACGCGUCCACGAUUACGGUAAAUUGCGACCAUGGUUACUCAACCGGUACCGGCACCGACAAGGACUUGACAUGUAACAACGGCUAUUUCAACGACGACCCUCCAGUGUGUUACGCGAAAUGUCCCCCUCUUGACGAUUUUGACGACGGAGUCCGCUCUGGAGAUUCACUCCCUUUCUACCAUAACGAACAGGUGUCAUACACGUGUAACAAUGGUUUCACGUUGGUUGGCUCCACAUCUCUCACGUGUGGUGACGGCGAUUGGAAUGACGUUCAACCAGUCUGCUUAGCAAAUUGCGUUGUGAGUGCUGUACCGGAUUCAGAUUAUUCAUCUGGGGGUUCAGUCACGCAUGGUACGACUUUCAACGUAACGUGUGACUCUGGCUUUUCCACGGGUACGACAAGGGCUACAGAGUUCUCUUGUAAUGAUGGUGUCCUGUCUCCUGAUACACUACCUACAUGUUACGCUACUCUAGGACCAUUCAGUACUGACAACUUCAAAACUGACGAAGAGACAACUACUGCUCCACAACCCGACUCCACCACCUUCACCCCUGUAGCUACUCUUGGACCAUUCAGUACUGACAACUUCAAAACUGACGAAGAGACAACUACUGGUCCACAACCCGACCCCACCACCAUCACCCCUGCAGCUACUCUUGGACCAUUCAGUACUGACAACUUCAAAACUGACGAAGAGACAACUACUGGUCCACAACCCGACCCCACCACCAUCACCCCUGCAGCUACUCUUGGACCAUUCAGUACUGACAACUUCAAAACUGACGAAAAGACAUCUACUGGUCCACAACCCGACCCCACCACCAUCACCCCUGCAGCUACUCUUGGACCAUUCAGUACUGACAACUUCAAAACUGACGAAGAGACAACUACUGGUCCACAACCCGACCCCACCACCAUCACCCCUGCAGCUACUCUUGGACCAUUCAGUACUGACAACUUCAAAACUGACGAAAAGACAUCUACUGGUCCACAACCCGACCCCACCACCAUCACCCCUGCAGCUACUCUUGGACCAUUCAGUACUGACAACUUCAAAACUGACGAAGAGACAACUACUGCUCCACAACCCGACCCCACCACCUUCACCCCUGCAGCUACUCUUGGACCAUUCAGUACUGACAACUUCAAAACUGACAAAGAGACAUCUAUUGGUCCACAACCCGACCCCACCACCUUCACCCCUGCAGGAGCCAGCGUAUCUUGUGGGAGCACGACCAUGACGGUUCUCCUCGACCGAGCCCUGCUCGAGAAUAACGGUGAUGCCACUGACGUCCACUACGAAGACCAGAGUUGUGUCGGGUACGACUACACCGGAAGUCGCAUAGCCGUAACCACCAGAUAUGACGACUGUGAUACUGUGUCGGAGCAAACUGCUGAUGUCAUCAAGUACUCCAACGUCGUGACGUACUUCAAACCGACGGGUGAAAACGGAUCGCUGAUCACGCGUGAUUUCCGCCUCAAGAUCCCCGUCGCUUGCGAGAUCAAACGCCGCAGUCUACUCGGUAGCUCCUUCAAGCCCAAACUCGGCAUCGUGAGCUUCAGCGAGACUGGUUACGGUAACUUCUCGCUCACCCUCGACCGCUACUCCGACAUCUCCUUCACCUCGCCGGCACCCGACCCAGACUCGCUGGUGUAUCUCGGGGAGACGCUGUUCUUCGGGGUGACCCUAGACGCGGUUUCUGACCUGACGUUGUUUCUUGACCGCUGCUGGGCAACGCCCGAUGUCUACCCUAUGAACCCGAUCGAAUUUACGUUCGUAAAAGAUGGAUGCGGGCUGGAUCCUACCGUAGGCUUUCAUGAUAUACAGCGUUUAAUUAAGGGAUUCUCUAUCGAUGCUUUUGCUUUCAUUGGCGAAUAUCCAGAGGUAUACCUUCAUUGUGACGUGCUUGUGUGUGAUACCGACCCCGCAUCCCGCUGCUCACAGGGUUGUGUAACCAGGGCCAAACGUAGCGCAGCCGGGCAGCCUCGGGGUUCGAGCUCCAAGCCACACACCAUCUCUAACGGACCCAUGUCUGAUCAAGUUGCUUUUGGUUCAAGCUCAAUGAACACAUCAUGGUUGGCGAACCCAGUCAACAUGAUGCUGGUGGCAGCCGCUGGUUUCUUCAUCACCAUGGUUGCUAUGGUAACGGUGAAAAAGUUGAGAUCACAUACGAAAGCCUCCAAAGGAUACAGCCGUCUGCAGACUGAGGGUGAAAUCGAAGCUUAGAACGAGGAGAAGAAAGAAGAACGUGGAGAAGGGGGAGGAGGAGAUGAAAGAAGAAAAACGAGAGGAGAUGAUGAAUGAUGAUAAAGAUAAAAGAAGAAGACGAAUGAGACAUAAAGUUUAUGACGACACAAGCUUUUCUGGUCAUUUAUUCAAUAUCUCGCAAAUGGCAUAUAUCUCGAAUAUAUCAUGCAUGUCAUUUUAGAGUAAUAUGGAAUUUAUAAUUCGUUUGUUGAAACAAAUAUAUGAUCAUGAUUAUAUGCAUAAUUAUUUCGACAAUAAAAAAGAGACGUUCCUUUUCAGUUAACCUCUAGCUUUUUAUAAAGAAAACUUUUAUGAGUACGUCGAUGAUAGUGACACUUCUGGCUAUGAAAUUAUUACAAACGAUUGUAAAUGCUCAAGUUGGUACACCUCCUGCAAGAAGGUGGAAACUUAUAACUGAAAAUUAAACUCGGUAAAAUGUGUUGAUGUUUAUACUGUUCUCUAAUGCGUUCCAGAUGAAGUUCAAGAAAAAGCCGAUUGAGCAAUGUAUUUUUGCAUUUAUUGUAGGCCUACUUCUCAUUUUUUUUUAUUUAUUCUUAUUGUUGGUAUACUGUACAGUAAUAUAUUAAAAUGAUUUUGAAUCUCUUUAUCCUAUCCUACCACUAUGUAUCCCUUCUUCUUUCCCAUACUUUUCCCCAUAUUCUCUCUCUCUCUCUCUCUCUCUCUCUCUCUCUCUCUCUCUCUCUCUCGUUCUCUGUCUUUCUCUAGCUACUUCUUAUUCCCUCGCUCUCUACUACCAUCUUUCUCACCACUUUUUGACACUGUUUUACUGCAUCUAUACGCAUUUUUUUCGACGCUGAUGAAAAAAAGUUCUAUGCCAUGAUGUUUAUUUUCCACUUGGUAGGAUGCUGCCAUUGCAAUUAUCAGUCUGCUAUUGAAUUGUGCUAAGUAAGAGUGACUGCAAUAUCGACGUUGAAUAAAAAACAAUUGUUAUUAUCCAUAUAGGCCUACAUAUUAAAUAUGACAUUAAAUUUCUUUCGAAGAAAGCGAUGUAUAAAAAAAAAAAAAAAAAAAUCUUCUAAAUUUGGUGAUCUGUUUUCGCCUUUUGUAAUCGUUUCAUCAUUAUGUGAAAAUAUCUCACUGGAAAAUAAAAUCUAUCCGAAUUGAUGAUUAAAGAGA